AAGAGAUUGAAAACGGUACGGUCAUCUGUUAUGGAGAGAGAGAGAGGAAAUGUGGAGAGGUGAUUGAUAGAGAUAGGAAUGUCGGGAAGAAGGAAAGGAGGAAGGCCUAAGACCAGAUGGGAAGAUGCAGCGGACUCCGUGAGCAGUUAUGUAGAGAUUGGGCCAGGUGAAGAGGUCCUUGUACAACUGCGGAAUGAACGGGACCAUCUCUUGCGAAUGGAAGAGAUAGAACAACAGCUGAAAUGUCUGGAGACAGCCUUCAGUGAGUCUUCUGCUGGUGACAUGCCGUACGUAUCAAAAUACCAGUUGAGUUCCUUACUAGAUGAAUGCAUCCGAUGUCAAAGUUUAGGAAGAAUAUCUGAAAAUAAAGCUUUGGAUGCUGGUCCUGACCCUUCCGGCUCUUCAUGUUUCCUAAGGCCUCCACCACUGACUGUCUGCAAUACUCCACGGCUGUCGGAAUCUGUUCUUUCUCAGCUUUUGGAAGAUGCAUACAACUCAGGCCUGUCUCCAGCUACUAGUAGAGCCGAGGGAGGUAGCAAAAUACUAGCUGCUGCUAUUGAGAGCGAAGACCCGAGUUACUAUUGCAACAAAGUCAUGGCUAACAUCAGCAGGUUGGCAGAGAAACAGCUGACUGCUUCAGCAGCAAGUGAUGAUAAAUCAGAGAGUGAAGUGGGGAGGUGGAUGCUGAGUAGUAAUGAAGAAUCCUACAUGACCAGGGCACUGAAGAUUAAACGAGUGAAAAAGCCAGUGUUCCUGGAUGACCCAAGCUUUGAUGAAUCCACGGACAACGAGCUCUCAACAGAAGACAACAGUCCCACCGUUCCACAGUUACAACACAGAGAUGAUGAAAAUGUUGCCGACAGUGAGCUGGAACAGAAGUAGAAGAAAUUUUGUGACUGCAUUUUAUGGGAUCCACGCAAUUUAAUGUCAAUUUAGUGUCAGAAAUUUAUGAAAUAGUCUUUAUUAAAGAAUGGCAAGUCUGGUCCAAAGAAAACAUUGUUGGUGCCAAUCACUGUGGCAUUCCGAUCUUUAGUAUUUAAGUUUCCCAGUUUAAUAUCCAUAGCUGACUGAUCCACAGACAUUGUACAAAGCAAAUUAUUUGAAAGGGGCUUGAUUUUUAUUUUAAAAGCGAAAUACUG